GCCGCCUCCCUCCCCCCCGCGCCGCACUGAGCCGGUCCCGGGUGCUGGGGGAGACCCGGGGGCAGAUUAAUCAGCCGCUCGAUGGGGAUUAACAGUGGAGCACCUCUUUGUGUCGCCUUUCCACCUCUGUGUAGCAAGAAAAACAACUUCAGCACUUCUUCAAUAAUAAUUAUGAAACUGGUAUUAACUGAAUGGCAAUUAUGGAUUUUUAACUCUAACUCACAGUAAACCAGCAAGCCAUAUGUUGAAAUUCCUACCAAAUAGCUUUUUCUUCUUAAUGUCUCAUACCUGUACAAGAAUUUGCAAGAUAUCUGUUUGUAUACGAGGAAUAUAAGCAUUACUUGCCUGAGGAACAAAAGCUGAAAGAGAAGACACCCUGAGUUGUCCUUGGAGAUAUGGUAAUGUUAUUUAUAUAGAUAUAAUAAAUAUAUAUAUAUAUUUUUAUGGUGAUGAAAAUGGCUCCUCAGAAUGCUGACUCGGAAUCUAUGCAAGUUCAAGAUCUACCUGUGGCACAGCUUCAGAAACCAGAGAACAAGGAGAAUGAAAGCAGAGAGGAGACCAUUAGUGAAGGAUCCAUAGACCGGAUACCCAUCCGCCUCUGGGUGAUGCACGGUGCAGUAAUGUUUGGCAGGGAAUUUUGUUACGCCAUGGAGACGGCUUUGGUAACACCCGUAUUGUUACAGAUCGGUCUUCCUGAGCAAUACUACAGCCUCACGUGGUUCCUCAGCCCCAUCCUGGGCCUGAUCUUCACUCCGCUCAUAGGCUCAGCCAGUGACCGCUGCACGCUGAGCUGGGGCCGCCGGCGGCCCUUCAUCCUCGCCCUCUGCAUCGGGGUCCUCUUUGGAGUUGCACUUUUCCUUAAUGGCUCCGUGAUAGGUCUGGCUAUCGGCGACGUCCCAGACAAGCAGCCCAUUGGUAUCGUCCUCACGGUGCUCGGUGUCGUGGUGCUGGAUUUCUGUGCUGAUGCAACGGAGGGGCCAAUUCGGGCCUACCUGUUGGAUGUGGUAGACAGCGAAGAGCAAGAUAUGGCCCUUAACAUCCAUGCCUUUUCAGCUGGUCUUGGGGGAGCAAUUGGUUACAUGCUAGGAGGGCUGGACUGGACGCAGACCUUCUUGGGCAGUAUAUUUAAAUCUCAAGAGCAAGUCCUUUUCUUCUUCGCAGCCAUCAUUUUCUCCGUCUCUGUUGCCCUCCACCUUUUUAGCAUUGAAGAAGAGCAAUACAACCCUCAGCAGGACAGGAUUGAUGACGAAGGGGACACACUUUCUAGCGUGAAAUUCAGUGGUAGUCUCCCCCCUCUGAAUCGACUGAAUGUAAUUAGUGAGGAAGAGCCAUAUGGAGCCUCCAUGUUCCAUGACGAGGUCCAGUCCGAGCAUGAUCUCAAUAUGGAGUUCCUCGAGGUGAACAUCGUUAGGAGCAAGAGUGACUCUGUCCUGCACAUGCCUGAUGCUACGCUGGAAAUUGAAUCAGAGCUGCUUUUUCUGCAUGACAUCGAACCCUCCAUUUUUCAGGAUGCUUCCUACCCAAACACUCCCCACAACACCAGUCAAGAGCUCAUGAAAUCCAAACUCAACCGCCUGUCUGCUUUCCUCAGGGACAACGAGAAGGAGGAGGAGAUGUUGCUUGAUAAUCACUUGAAUGAAGACAAAGUCCCAAACGCCAACGGCUCCCUACCAAAAGAGUUCCUCAACGGACACGCUAGAAUCGGCAUGAAGCAGUCAAGCACUUCCAACUCCAUGCGAAGGCGACGGCACAUGUUCUACCGCCAGCCAUCCUACACGUUCUCCUACUAUGGCAAAAUCGGCUCUCACCGCUACCGCUUCCGGCGCGCCAACGCCAUCGUCCUGAUCAAGUCGUCGCGCAGCAUGAACGACAUCUACGACAUGCAGAAGCGGCAGCGGCAGAAGUGCCGCCACAGGAACCAGAGCGGCACCACCAACUCCAGCGGGGACACGGAGAGCGAGGAGGGCGAGACGGAGACCACCGUCCGCCUCCUGUGGUUGUCCAUGCUCAAGAUGCCCAAGGAGCUGCUGAGGCUCUGCGUCUGUCACCUCCUAACUUGGUUCUCGAUCAUUGCUGAGGCUGUGUUCUACACAGAUUUCAUGGGGCAGGUCAUCUUUAAAGGUGACCCAAAGGCCCCUUCUAAUUCAACCGAGUUACACGCCUAUAAUGCUGGAGUUCAGAUGGGCUGCUGGGGACUGGUAAUAUAUGCUGCUACUGCUGCUGUUUGUUCAGCCUUGUUGCAGAAAUACUUGGACAACUAUGACCUUAGCAUAAAAGUAAUCUACAUCCUGGGCACGCUGGGUUUUUCUCUUGGCACUGCAGUGAUGGCCAUGUUCCCCAACGUGUACGUCACCAUGAUAAUGAUCAGCACCAUGGGAAUAGUCUCCAUGAGCAUCUCCUACUGCCCCUACGCGCUUCUGGGACAAUAUCACGAUAUUAAGCAGUAUAUCCACCACAGCCCUGGGAACUCCAAGCGGGGCUUCGGCAUCGACUGCGCCAUCCUGUCGUGCCAGGUCUACAUCUCGCAGAUCCUCGUGGCCUCCGCGCUGGGCGGCGUCGUGGACGUCGUCGGCACCGUCCGCGUCAUUCCCAUGGUGGCUUCCGUGGGAUCCUUCCUGGGGUUUUUGACAGCCACCUUCCUGGUGAUCUACCCCGAAGUCAACGAAGAGCCAAAGGAGGAGCAGAAAGGCCUGGGCCCUCCGGAGAGCGACGCAGAGAAGCCGACGGUUCUGAAGCUCACGCGCAAAGCGGCCGCCGCGCCGGCGCCGGAGAGCGAAUCCGCCGUGUGAGGCCGCCCUUCACACACAUUCCAGGGAGUGCAGGUGCAGGAGCAG